AUUAAGCAGCAGAGAGAAGCGGCAACUCGUUUGUGACUUUCCCACACAGGCCGCUGAGCUGAAGUGAAUCCCCUCUGACUGACAGCGUCUGUGCAAAGCUGGAACUGAGAGACCACCGGACAGUGUAGCCCCGCCCACCCAACUUGUCACAGAAGAGGGCGGGGCCAGUGUAGGAAUAGGAAGUGUGUGUGUCACACGGUGAGAGAGAGUGUGUGAGAUCCGUGUCCUCUGCUGUGUCCUACAGCCGCCUCUGUCCCCUCACACAUUAUACUCACAUUAUACUCACAUUAUACUCACAUUAUAUACUCACAUUAUAUACUCAUAUUAUAUACUCACAUUAUAUACUCACAUUAUAUACUCACAUUAUAUACUCACAUUAUAUACUCACAUUAUACUCACAUUAUACACUCAUAUUAUACUCACACACACACAUUAUACACUCACUGCUGAGCCGCACUCCCUUCACUCCAAAGAGAAACGACUGGUGACACAAUAUUAUUAUCUACAGGAACAAGUCCCACACACACACAUAUCUCUGUACUUACACAUUCUUACUUCUCACACUCACACUCACACUCAGCACCUCUAGUCUGGGACCCACAGCUGAAUAUGACAACAGGACCCUCAUACUAGUUGUUAUACACAAUGUCUUCCCGUGACAGACGCCCGGAUCUUUGCAUCAAGGCUGAACCAGGGACCCCAGAAAGCAUCGGGCGUCGAAGUCCUAGUGGUUCCAGUGAUAGUAGCGCCCAUGGCCCAGAUCCACCAGGACAACACUGUUGCAGAGAUGAGGAGCAGGAUGAUGUUUCGGGCCGUGGCAAAUAUGUCCUGAAUUCCAUUCCCAAACGUCUUUGCCUGGUGUGUGGAGAUGUGGCAUCUGGCUAUCACUAUGGGGUUGCCUCAUGUGAGGCAUGCAAAGCCUUCUUCAAGCGCACCAUCCAAGGCAAUAUCGAGUACAGCUGUCCAGCCAGCAACGAGUGUGAAAUUACCAAGAGACGUCGAAAGGCUUGUCAAGCUUGCCGCUUCACAAAGUGCCUCCGAGUGGGCAUGCUAAAAGAAGGGGUGCGCUUGGACCGUGUUAGAGGAGGACGUCAGAAAUACAAGAGGAGGCCGGAUGGAGAGGUGCUCCAAUACACGUCUGGUGGGCAGGCUCAUCACGCCACUGCAACUAUGGUCAAAAAGCAGACUCCAAUGAAUGCAGUUGUCUCACACUUACUGGUUGCAGAGCCAGACAAGUUGUUUGCUAUGCCAGACCCAGCACUUCCUGAUGGAGAUUUGAAAUAUAUGAGCACCCUGUGUGACCUUGCUGAUCGGGAAAUUGUCAUCAUCAUUAGCUGGGCCAAGAACAUCCCAGGAUUCUCCUCCCUUUCCCUUUCGGACCAGAUGAGUCUGUUGCAGAGCGUCUGGAUGGAGAUUUUACUGCUUGGAGUUAUUUUCCGCUCACUUCCAUAUGAAGACGAAGUUGUGUUUGCUGAGGAUUUUGUGCUGGAUGAGGAAUCUUCUCGCUCUGGCCGUCUCACUGACCUCUGCUCGUGCAUCCUGCACCUUGUCAGAAAGUAUCGCACCCUGCGCCUGGAAAAGGAAGAGUACGUCAUGCUGAAGGCUUUAACCCUUACUAACUCAGAUUCCGUGCACAUUGAGGAUCCAGAUGCAGUUCUGCGGCUCCGGGAUGCCCUGCAAGAAGCUCUCAGUGAAUAUGAAUCAAAUCGUCACCCAGAAGAGCCCUGCAGGGAUGGAAAGCUGCUAUUAACUCUCCCACUUCUGCGUCAGACGGCUGGUCGUGUUCUCCAGCACUUUCAUGCCCUGCGAGAGGAGGGAGCUGUCCCCAUGCACAAGCUGUUUCUGGAGAUGUUGGAAGCCAUGAUGGACUGAGGUUUAUCAGAGACUUUAUAAAUAUAUAUAUAUAUAUAUAUAUAUAUAUAUAUAUAUAUAUAUAUAUAUAUAUAUAAACUCCUCCCAGUAGUCAUAAAGGGAGAGUCUAUAUAACCAAAACAUGCACUCAGAGAAUAAGGACGGACGGAGCAGGAGGAGAAAAUCAGGGAAUGUGCUUUUUAAUAGACACUGCCCUGACAAAAGACUGAACUGAGAUUUGGGCAGCCUUGAAAAGAAUGAAAAGGAUACAGCCAAGAACAGAGUUGGAUUCAGUAAUAAGUAGGGAUGCACCGAAUCCAGGAUUCCGUUCAGGAUUCAGCCAUUUUCAGCAGGAUUUGGAUUCGGCCGUAGCGAAUCAUAAUUUGCAUAUGCAAAUUAGAGUUGGGGAGGGAA